GAGGACUGACUCACUCUCAGUGUCGCCGCACGCCGUUGACUAAAAAGUAAAUGUGCGGGGUAUUCUGCAGUUUUAAAGCCCAUGUAAGACUUGUAGAUAUGUUGCAGUAUGGCUGAAGUAAAACAAGAUAUGUUACCCGACUCUACACAAGGGGAAACCCCUGAGCAGAAGAAAGGAACAAAACGGAAAGGGACCAAGGAUGGAAAAAAGAGAAAGAAAGUCGCCAAGAAAAAGUCCAAGGCUUCAGGUAGAAGCAAGGCAAAGAGUAACCAGGGAAGUGAUGCCGAUUCUGACCUGGAUCUGAGCAAGGAGAAACAACCUCUUGAGUUCUAUCUUCACGAUAGAGAACAGUUGAUCAACGAAGCGUUCAAAGCAGUCAAAGGUCUUCAACUUACGAGCAUGGUUCCUGAUAUACUCAAGUAUGUUCCACUUGAUGAGCUGAAGCAACUAUGUCUGAACCAAUUAGAAGGAAUGUCAAGAAAGAGGAUUGAGCAUGUCAUCCAAGGAACAGAGAUGCUAUCGUCAUCAGAUUCCGAUGAAUCGGCUCCAGAAGAUGAAAAAGAAGAAGAAACUGUUACCGUGGCGACAUCAUCAGUGCAAGCCGAGAUGAAUGCCGAGGAGGAGAAGAAAGAAGAAGCCGAGAUGGAGACAUCCAUUGAUAGUACCGUCAAACCUGUCACAGAGCCUCAGAAAGCUGAUGAGGAGAGCAAAGCAGAGGAUAUCGAUGGCGUUCCCGUGGAGAUUGAUGUAAACAUCGAGGAACUAGCCUUUGGUAAACCUAAAACUCAACCAGGAUCCAGCGCAGCCCCUGGAGGUGGUGUAUCAAAGUCUGGAACUAAGACUACAGUUGAUAAGAGUAAAACAAAGAAUAAAGAUUCUACAGAGAAGAAUUCAGAAGUAUCAUCUAGCCGUCAAAGGUCAAGAUCGCCAAGGAGAAGAAGAAGAAGUGGCGGCUGGUCUUCAAGGAGUCGCUCAAGAGAUCGUCGCUCGAGGAGUCGAUCUAGAGGGCGCUAUUCGAGGAGUCGCUCCCGAUCCAGGAGAAGAUCAUGGAGCCGAUCGUGGAGCCGGAGCUGGUCUCGAAGCUGGUCCAGAAGUAGAUCCAGGUCCAGGUCAAGGAGCAGGUCUCCGAGGAAGAAGGAUCCUGUGGAUCUUCCAAAGUCUCCAUCUCCCCCUCCACCACCACCUCAUGUUGAUGCGAUCCAGAUGAGAUACCCCACACCACCCACCCCCUCUGGGAGCCUGUCAUCCGGAGAGAUUAGAGAGAUCCUGGAGCUCGAGAGUGAAGAGGAUGAGGAGGAAGAAGGAGAAAAAGAAACCGAGGAGGACAGGAGAUUAAGGGAAGAAGAGAUUAGGAGAAAAUUAGAGGGAUUAGUAGGUGGUAGAAAGGGUUUAGAAGGCAAAGUGUCAGGUAAGGUGUUGGGUGAUCCUAAGGUGUUUGGUGUUUCAAAGUUGUCGGGUGUUCCCAGUGUGGAUGAAGAUGAGACGGUGGUCCGACAUCAGAGUGGUCUUGCGGAUAGCAUCACUUCCGUUUCUCAGAGCUGCGAUGAUGGAGCAGUAGGGAAUACAAUUGUCAUGGAUACCGAUGAUACAAAAGAGAUAAUUUGUGAAGAAGAUGAUGAUGGUGAUGAUGCUGAAGACAGUGAUGAUAGUGAGGAUGAAAGUGAUGAUGACAGCGAUGAUGAUAGUGAUGAGGAUGAUGAUGACGAUGAUAUCAAUUUAGAUUCCCUAGAUUUAGGUGUUGAUGUAGAUAAGGCUGCUGGCCAGCCUUCUCAGCUAACCCUCGCCCGUGCCUCGAUGAAAUCACCCUCAACCUCAACAGCGCCGGAGAAGAAGAAAGAAUCCGGCGAUUCAGAGCUGGAAGUGUUGGAGCUUGAACUUAGAGCUAGAGCUAUCCGUUCACUCAUGCAUAAAUGCCUUGCGGAAGAUGAAAAAACGUAGUGUUCCAGUCAAGUAUAGUUUUAUUUAUUUUAUUUCAUUUUAGUUGUUAAUGCCUAUAUCCAGCUAUGAAUUGCAAUCGAGAUUUGAUCUUAAUUGCACACUGCAAGAUAAAGCAAUUGAAUCCUUUUUACCAUGAGAUUAAAUUUUAAUCCAUCACAACUUUGAUUAGUAAAGUCGAUGCAUCCAGGUGGGUGUUUCAUAAAGCUGUUCGUAUCUUACGAAUGACUUUACGCACGAUUGAUGACUCUUUCGUGAUAUAUCCCUACCUUUCCUAUGGAACUGACUUAGUAACUAAGAAUAUGUUCCAUCCAUGCAUAAAGUUGUGCGCAACUUAACGAACAGCUUUAUGAAACUCCCACCAGUAGCCCGUAACACAAAGAUUAGCAAUGAUCGUAGAACAUAUUUCCACGAUUGAUUCCAUUGACUACAAUGUACAAUCAAUCAUAAAAAUUAAGCGUACAAUUAAUCGCUAACCUUUGUGUUACGGGACCCUGGUGUACUGAUGUAUUCCGCUGAUAGAAAGAAUAUAAUAUCAGUUUACAUCAAUAGUGUCCAGAAUAUAUCUUGAUUUAAGAAAAUAUGGCAGUUCUCUUCAUAACAGCAGUCCUCUACAGGUUUUUUUUUUCUGCAAAACUCCUUUUCCUCGUUCAUGAACAAACAGAUAUAUUACUGCACUCUGCAGCAUAUAAACUCUUUUUCAAUGGUACUUUCUAUGUUAAACCUCUCCUCAUAGAAUUCUAUUUGACCUUUUGAAUAUUUCUUAAGUAUGGAGGGAAACAAGUGGUUGUGAAAAAAGUGGAAUAAUUGUUAAAGAAAAAUGAAAGUAGUUGCAGUAAACAAUUAUUUCAUGAGAAAGUCUGUAAAAUCAAGGUUAAUUGUCACUCUAUCAUUGUUGAUCUAGAUCUGGGCCCCAUUUCAUAAAGAGUUACAACUGUUGUAACUUUGCCAUUAUGGUAACUACCAUGGCAACCUUGAUUUUGAUUGGCUGCUGAGCCCUGUUGCCAUGGUAGUUGCCAUAAUGGCAAAGUUAAAACAGUUAUAACUCUUUAUGAAACAGGCCCCUGGUUCAGUUACAUGUAAAUAAACUGAACAUUGUGUCUAAGCUGAAAAACAAUCACACUGAAGAUCACCAACACAGAUAAGUACAUAUGGGACAGUGUUUUAUUAUUCUUGCUUUGAAAAAGACUUGACAUUCGGCUGGAAUGCUGUGCUUAUUUUGCUGAUUUUCUCAGCAAUUGUACAAUUUCUACCAGAAUGCUUUGGCAUCUAUUUAUAUUUUAUUUCUACAUACAGACACUUGGGUGGUUAUUCUAUUGAAUUCUGUAUGAACUCAUUUUAAAACUGGCAUUUAUCUUUAAACAACUUUGUGGGUGAUUUCAAGUUCAGUGUUGACCUUUUGGUGUUGGCGUUUGGUCAAUUUUUACACAAUUGUAUCACCAAUCAUAAAAUGAAGAUGGUCCUGAAAGGUCACUCACUCGUUGUUGAGAUGUCAAUAAUGUGAUCUGGAUCAGUUUUACAAACUCUGAAUAGGUUUUGGAGCUAGGAGAUGCAAUCCUAAUUUCAACACCAACACCAAGGCCAACACUGGACUUGAAAUCACCCAUUGUUUAUUCAAUGAUUCAAUGUUAGAUAAAUAAAAGAAAUAGAUGGAUUCAGGACAAGACUUUCAUCUAGAGUGCCUUCUGUACAUACUUUCUUCAUACUUAUUUACCGUGUUGGAUUAUAUCUGUGGUUUUCUACAUCUAUUUAGAACACAAGUCGGCAGUGCUUUAUUCCAACUUUUUGUUUAAUAUCUCUCUUCUCGAAUGUUUCAUUUUGAAAAGAAAUCAAUAUAUUUUUUGCCUUGUGUGCUGAAACCUGUGAAAAAUGUAUUCACAAACAAUCACUUUCUCACAUUGAGAUUUUUUUCAACCAGAUUGAAUGGAUGUAUUUUUACUUUAAACAAGCUAUAAGUCACAUAAAGCAGCAAUUUCACUAACAUUUUAAUUAAUAAAAGCUUUAAACAAACAAUUACUUGAAUAUAUUUCUUUGUGUGAUAUGAUUGCAACUCACAGUAGACUAUUUUUUUUCCUCUUCGUACAAACUGCUCUCUUGCUAUUGCUCUGUAAAAUAUUCACAUAGUUUGUGUUGGUUUUUGCAGAAGCUGAUUGAUUUUCAUGGGUGUUUAACAAACAUGAGGUCAGAAUAAUCAAGGCCUUGUUUACAGUGAAAUGUUAUGAGUGAUAAAGUAUCAUUAAACUAAUAUACAUUGACAAUUUAUUAAUUUGUAAUGGCAUAUUAACCCAUUUUAAACCGAGUCUGGGAUGGGGUGAAUGGAAGAUGCAUGUUAUAGCAAGCCACUGUUUAUUCGGGGAGGAUGGGCAUUUCAUGAAGCAAAUAGUCAAUGAUUGUCACUGACAAUUGUUAUAAGCUACUGAAAUCCUUGCAUCUGAUUGGCUGAAAGCAAACUAGUCGGUGAAGAUCACUGAUUAAAUUCUUCAGGAAAUGCCCCCAUGUCUCGUUAGUCCUGUGACUACAGAAAAUAAAGCAAUCUUUUUUCCCAUUGUUCCAUAUAUAACAAAUA